GAGCACAAAGCGUCCGGCUGCACCUCCAUCUACCUGCACCGUCACUGGGCGCUGGGCUGCACCUCCAUCUACCUGCCCCGUCAUCGUGCGACCGGCUGCUGGAAGCGAGCCUCUGCCGCGGCAGGGGGAAGCACCCAUUUUAACCUGGAGAUUCCGGCUAACAACCGUGUAUUUAAUGAGGGGAAACUUAAGAUCCUCUGCGCUAACCCUCUGUUUGCUUCGGAGCAGUGGCUUAUUUAUACCCGACGGCGAGAUAAUCAGCAGGUAUUUUGAUGUAAAAACAGCCUCAAUAUUCAGUAUACAUUAAGCAUAGAAUGAUCCGGGAAGUAACGUUCUUUUGAAUUGAUAAGGAUUGGAAAUGCCUUUACUGCAUGUUAUUCACUAAUGUGCUGAGCGAGGAGCCGCGGAGAGCGACAGCCACCGGGACUGACCGAUCGUUUUUACCACCGCUGGCCGUGUGUUGAAGGAGCAUCUCCGUCUCACGCUACGGACAUAAACGGGUUACUGACAUAAAUCACAAUAUGUGAUUUAUAUUGACAAGAGGAAACUGGGCGUCACCACAGUCUUUUGCGGUUUAAUCAACAGUUUAGAGGCUUUUUUUUGCCUAUUUAGGUCACCCGAUUUAACGUUUGUAUUUUAUGUUAGACAUUUAUUUCUCCAAAUUGAUGUAUUAAACCAAUAUGCUUUUCGUUCGAAUAUUUCGCUUUUACAAAACUAUUCUAAUGAUACCGUUAAGACUCCAUUAAGUCUGCAUCUGUAGAGUGUACCUAGUUACACUGUGUAUGUGUUUACAGUAGUGAAUAUGGCAAAGAAUGUGGCGGACGAACCGAUGGACGAUUUAAGUAAAGUUCCUGAUGGUGAACUGCUGAAAUGGAGCAAAAAUGACUUGCUUAAGAGACUGAGAAAAGUGGAUCAGGAGAAGAUGAACUUGAUGGUUGAACAUGGCAACAUGAUGAAGGAUGUCAAUCGAAGGCUUCAGGUGCAUCUUCAUGAAAUACGGGGCCUGAAAGAGGUCAACCAAAAACUGCUGGAGGACAACCAGGAGCUGAGGGAGCUGUGCUGCUUCUUAGACGACGACAGGCAAAAGGGCAAGAAGCUGUCCAGAGAGUGGCAGCGGUUUGGCCGCUACACUGCCAGUGUUAUGUGGCAGGAGGUGGGUUUGUACCAGCAAAAGCUGAGGGAACUAGAGGUCAACCAGGAGAUAUUGGUGCAGGAGAACACGGAGCUAAAGGAGAUCAUCGUUAUGCUGGAUGAGCAGCGGAGUGGAGCUGGGUCUAGGAGCUCCAUUGACAGUCAGUCCAGUCUAACGAACCUGAACGGUGGGUCCAGCACUCUCCGAGAUGUCGGGGAUGGAAGCAGCACCUCCAGCACAGGCAGCGUCGGCAGUCCAGACCACCAUCACAACCACGGCCACACGCAGAAAGCGGGGGAACCUAAGGUGGAGAGCAACAGAAGGUCCAUGGAAGAUCUGUAUGCCCCCACCCACCACCGGAGUAUCCCCACUGCUCUUGAUGAUUCAACUUCCAAUUAUGUCAGGCAGCUGGAAACCAAAGUUCGGAUGUUACAGGAUGAUGACAAGCUACUAUCACAGCCACGUAGCCGCUAUAGUUUGCCAAAGAUGCCAACAAAGGGUAGCACAACUGGACUGAGGCCACUGAGGAAAGGUCUACCUCUGUGCCACUCGGAGUCACAGUUAUCCUCCUUGUCCCAGCACCAGGAAGAACCGCAGAAUGGCAGUGCCAGAAUCGCACCCAGCAGUGUUGCUGCUAAGGGCGGACUCCUGCCUGCAGCCCAGAAACCAGAGGCUGUGGUUCAAGCUAUGAAGGUGCUUGAGGUCCAUGAGAACCUGGAAAAGCAAAUUCCUGAGGAUUACGAAGAAGACCUCACAGAAAAAGAGAAGGCCAUUGUCCGAGAGAUGUGUAAUGUCGUAUGGCGCAAGUUGGAAGAUGCCGCCAGCUCCAAGCCAUCCAUCCGGCAGCAUCUAGCGGGAAACCAGCUCAAAGGUCCGCAGUAAACAGAUCAGAGGAAAAGUAUACAAGAACCAGGGAUGGAAACUGUCUACGAAAAUCAGAUCUGUUUCCACUGCCCACAGACUUUGCUAGAUUUUGAUACUGGUGAACUGUAAUUCUCGACUGGACCAAACCACUCAUCAGAUCUCAAUUUUGUAACUAUGAAGGCUUCCAGACUGGCAGUUAGUUUGUCUUCUUUUAUUCUCCAGGUGUUGAUCGUAGGAAUACAAAGUGCCAAAUCAAUGCUUUUAUCCUUCAGUGUUUAUCUUUAGAAUUUCCUGGUCAUGGUCUGGUCCUAUACUCCACGUGCAGCUAUCUAUACUCCAUAGAUAUAUACUCUAAAAUACUGUUUCCAUGCUUUGUUUGUUGCUCUGAGGUCACAAAAAUACCCAGUUCCCACCAGCGUGGUUUCGGAGCUGGAUAGCUGGAAAAUUCGAUCGAUAACCGACAUAGUUUUGUCUAAUAUUAUCGGUGCCGGCAGUGAAACAACUUGCCACCGCUUAUUAGCAAAAUAAUGUUACAUCUUUUUUUUAUUUUGUGAAAAGCAAAAGAUCUAUUUGCUGGCCAGAUUUAAUUAUAAAUGAUAAACAUGUUGCAGGUUGAGUAAAUAAAAUAUUGUGGUGCUCGAGUGACAAAGAGAUCAGGAGGUAGACAGCAAUGUUCAGUUUUUAGCAGACUCUUUUUACACGAUCCCUAAAAGGAUGGCAGUAAAACAGCCUUUAAUAGAGACAAAAGUGGAUAUGACACUUUUGUCUCUUCAAAAGCACUUGAAAUCUGAAACAGAAAAAUAAAUCCAAAAUGGACCAUAUGGACCUUUAUUUUACACUCAUUUCUGCCCAUGUAAUGUUUCCGUUCUGUCCUUUAGUAAAACCAGUGGAAAUACAGGCAGGUUCUCAAAAGGCACCAAGCGAAAACCAGCCCAGCAACAGAACCGGUUCCGUGUUGCUGGAAACAAGGUAAAAGGUUCAGCAAAUCUGUCAGUUUGCUUGAGGGAGAUGUCUAUCAUGAAUGCAGAAAUCACUAAGUAGAAAAACCAUAUAUACAUAUCAAAAGCAUCACUGUCAGUUUUCUAUUUUAUUGGAAGUCCAUGUGUGCAUGCCAGUUUUUGCUAUGCGUUUUGUUUUUAAGAAGCACGCUGUCUGAGCACAAACCUGAGGGUCUGAGGCAAAGGAAUGCUGGGCUAACAUUAUAGCCAGCCAACCAGAGCCCUGCAGAUGUUAAACGGAAUUAGGGUGACACCUAACACUGGGGUAACAAAGAGUUACAGUCUGGAACUUUGGAGGAGGAUAAUGCUUCCAGAAUGAAAUACAGCUCUGAAUAUACGGAAGGGCAACGGCCUCUUCCUACAUGAAGAUCUCCCAUGCAUUUGUUAUAAGCAUAAAGUAAAGCAGUUAUUUUUCCAGAAAUGAAAAUGGUGGUGGGUAUACUGGAAGUCUGCGGGUGUACUGGAAGCAAGGGUUGAGGACAUAAAAGGGACAAGUGUGAUGGAGAUGGAAGAAGAGUUAUGGGAACAAAGGGGACAGGUGUGAUGGAGGUGGAAGGGCCAUGGACACAAAAGGGACAGGUGUGACGGAGGUGGAAGGGCCAUGGACACAAAAGGGACAGGUGUGACGGAGGUGGAAGGGCCAUGGACACAAAAGGGACAGGUGUGAUGGAGGUAGAAGGGCCAUGGACACAAAAGGGACAGGUGUGACGGAGGUGGAAGGGCCAUGGACACAAAAGGGACAGGUGUGAUGGAGGUGGAAGGGCCAUGGACACAAAAGGGACAGGUGUGAUGGAGGUGGAAGGGCCAUGGACACAAAAGGGACAGGUGUGAUGGAGGUGGAAGGGCCAUGGACACAAAAGGGACAGGUGUGAUGGAGGUGGAAGGGCCAUGGACACAAAAGGGACAGGUGUGAUGGAGGUAGAAGGGCCAUGGACACAAAAGGGACAGGUGUGAUGGAGGUGGAAGGGCCAUGGACACAAAAGGGACAGGUGUGAUGGAGGUGGAAGGGCCAUGGACACAAAAGGGACAGGUGUGAUGGAGGUGGAAGGGCCAUGGACACAAAAAGGACAGGUGUGACGGAGGUGGAAGGGCCAUGGACACAAAAGGGACAGGUGUGAUGGAGGUAGAAGGGCCAUGGACACAAAAGGGACAGGUGUGAUGGAGGUGGAAGGGCCAUGGACACAAAAGGGACAGGUGUGACGGAGGUGGAAGGGCCAUGGACACAAGGGACAGGUGUGAUGGAGGUGGAAGGGCCAUGGACACAAAAGGGACAGGUGUGAUGGAGGUAGAAGGGCCAUGGACACAAAAGGGACAGGUGUGACGGAGGUGGAAGGGCCAUGGACACAAGGGACAGGUGUGAUGGAGGUAGAAGGGCCAUGGACACAAAAGGGACAGGUGUGAUGGAGGUGGAAGGGCCAUGGACACAAAAGGGACAGGUGUGACUAAGAUUACGAUGCAGCUCUAGAAUGCAACCUGGAUUCAACAUGCAUUUGUCAUUUAAUGGUACAAUUACUUCACAAAAAAACAGCACGCAAAAUGAGUUUUCAUCUUGCAGCACAAGCACCUCAGUACGACAGAGCAGGCCUGUGAAGUGGGGGGCUAUCUUACCCUGAUGUCAUCUGUUUACGGGCAUUCCUGACAUUCCUGCUGCCCAGCAGGGAUAACCAAAGUGUGUCCUCCUUUAAGCCUUCGAAAACGAUAUAAAAAGUGACCUUUGUUAUACAAAUGAUGAAACAACUACUGGCUUCUUCUAUCAGUCGGUAUGAAUAAGGUCAAUGAAUGUUUGUCUAUAUCCACAAUGUGACACUGAGACUUGUACUUCAUAGUUCCAGUGCAUUCAGUUAUACCACAUGUGGCAGAAAAAGAUGUACUUUCAGGACUUAAAAAGCACUGUCAUGACUGAUUUCUUUAGAGUACUUGGGACUAACAUUAAGGUUUAUUAAAACCUGGCACUGUAUGUAGCUAAAAAAUGGACCGAUAAUUUAGCAUCUUAAAAAAACCAAAAUAUACAAAUGACUAAUUUUUCAUGAUUUGAAAUAAAAACAACAAGUAUUU